AUGACUUCUGCCACGUUGUUCUUCUACCUCCUGGCGUACACGGCCAUCACCUGCAACUCCCAAGAAGUCACGGGUGAGUGCCCCGUUCUCCCUGCAGGCGACGAGAGCGAUGAUGAGCUUUCCAUACGCGCCAUCUGCACGAUGGACAGAGAGAUUGGGCCCUGCGAGGCCAUCAUCCCGCGCUACUUCUACAACCGCUACACGCAGCGCUGCCAGAAGUUCAACUUUGGCGGCUGCCACGGCAACGCCAACAACUUCAAGACAGAAACGGAGUGCCGCAUCGCCUGCAAAACAGUGCAGAAGGUGCCCAAGAAGUGCCGCUUUGAGCCGGUGACUGGCAACUGCAAGGCCGCCAUCCCGCGUCACUUCUACAACAUGACCACGGGCCAAUGCGAGAUCUUCAUCUACGGCGGCUGCGGAGGCAACGACAACAACUUCCACACGACCGAGGAGUGCGUGGAGAGCUGCAAGUGCCACAAGACCAGAGGCGACGAGAGCGAUGAUGAGCUUUCCAUACCCGACGUCUGCACGAUGGACAGAGAGAUUGGGCCCUGCAAGGCCAGCAUCCCACGCUACUUCUACAACAGCCUCACGCAGCGCUGCCAGAAGUUCUACUUUGGCGGCUGCGACGGCAACGCCAACAACUUCGAGACAGAAACGGAGUGCCGCAUCGCCUGCAAAACACUUUCCAUACCCACCAUCUGCAAGAUGGACAAAGAGAUUGGGCCCUGCAAGGCCCACAUCCCACGCUACUUCUACAAUCGCCUCACGCAGUGCUGCCAGAAGUUCUACUAUGGCGGCUGCGACGGCAACGCCAACAACUUCGAGACAGAAACGGAGUGCCGCAUCGCCUGCAAAACAGUGCAGAGCGACGAGAGCGAUGAUGAGCUUUCCAUACCCGCCAUCUGCAAGAUGGACAGAGAGAUUGGGCCCUGCAAGGCCCACAUCCCACGCUACUUCUACAACCACCUCACGCAGCGCUGCCAGAAGUUCUACUAUGGCGGCUGCGACGGCAACGCCAACAACUUCGAGACAGAAACGGAGUGCCGCAUCGCCUGCAAAACAGUGCAGAGCGACGAGAGCGAUGAUGAGCUUUCCAUACCCGCCAUCUGCAAGAUGGACAGAGAGAUUGGGCCCUGCAAGGCCCACAUCUCACGCUACUUCUACAACCACCUCACGCAGCGCUGCCAGAAGUUCUACUAUGGCGGCUGCGACGGCAACGCCAACAACUUCGAGACAGAAACGGAGUGCCGCAUUGCCUGCAAAACAGUGCAGAGCGACGAGAGCGAUGAUGAGCUUUCCAUACCCGCCAUCUGCAAGAUGGACAAAGAGAUUGGGCCCUGCAAGGCCCACAUCCCACGCUACUUCUACAAUCGCCUCACGCAGUGCUGCCAGAAGUUCUACUAUGGCGGCUGCGACGGCAACGCCAACAACUUCAAAACAGAAGCGGAGUGCCGCAUCGCCUGCAAAACAGUGCAGAGCGACGAGAGCGAUGAUGAGCUUUCCAUACGCGCCAUCUGCACAAUGGACAGAGAGAUUGGGCCAUGCAAGGCCCACAUCCCACGCUACUUCUACAACCGCCUCACGCAGCGCUGCCAGAAGUUCUACUAUGGCGGCUGCGACGGCAACGCCAACAACUUCGAGACAGAAACGGAGUGCCGCAUCGCCUGCAAAACAGUGCAGAAGGUGCCCAAGAAGUGCCGCUUUGAGCCGGAGACUGGCAACUGCAAGGCCGCCUUCCCGCGUCACUUCUACAACAUGACCACGGGCCAGUGCGAGAACUUCAUCUACGGCGGCUGCGGAGGCAACGACAACAACUUCCACACGACCGAGGAGUGCGUGGAGAGCUGCAAGUGCCACAAGAACAGAGAUAUGGGAGCCUCAACUUCGAUGAUCCAACCCAGAGGCAAACCAAUGUCCAGCCAGAAAAGAGCGGGCAUAAGGACCAGCGAGUGGAGCAUAAAGCAAAAACAAUUUCGGAAGAACGGCGAACGAGCAGACCGCACGGAGCAUUGAGGGCAGAACUGACAAGAGCACGCAAUUGCAGCGCCGUCUGUAGUCGCGAGGUCGGUUGGGUUUCAUAGCUAGAGGCACCGACCGUAUAUUUUACGUACUUACUUUUUUGUUAACCCGCUUCAGCAGUUUAGUUUGCGCCGGCCGAUCUCAACGGAAACGAACGUGUGGAAGGAAGCGACUGCGUCGAGGUGGAAUCACCGAUGUUUAUGGUUCAGGCGGCGGCUCUCCAAUUAACUCACUUUAAAAGUCACGCGCCCGUUCUUAUUAAACGCAACACGCCCAUCCCUCGCAUCGGCAUUCUGCCGUCUGUAAUCGUCACCAAACACUACUAUGGCUUAACGACACGACGAGUAUUACUCACAUCGUAUUUUGUUUGCCAUGUUCGUCUCAUUAAAGAAAAGUUGU